CCGGGCGACACCGGAACCGUUGCGCAGGGGGCAGAAAAAUGGCGAAUCUCGUGGAAGCUACGACUCAGCAGAAGUUUGAAGAUAUCUUGGCCAAAGCUGGAAAAUGCCUGACCGUGGUGCAUUUUCAGGCGGCAUGGGCUCCCCAGUGCGGCCACAUGAACGAAGUAAUGGCCGAGCUGGCCAAAGAGCACACACACACCACGUUUGUGAAGUUGGAGGCGGAAGCGGUGCCGGAGGUGUCGGAGAAGUAUGAAAUCUCCUCUGUCCCCACUUUCCUUUUCUUCAAAGGCGGAGAGAAGGUGGAUCGCCUAGACGGGGCCCAUGCUCCGGAGCUGACCAAGAAGGUUCAGCGCUUGGCAGUGACCGGGAGUCCGGGUGGAGCUGCGGAGGGUAGCUCCACAGACCUCAACCAGCGGCUAAAGAAGCUGAUCAACGCGGCGCCCUGCAUGCUCUUCAUGAAGGGGUCCGCACAGGAGCCCCGUUGCGGCUUCAGCCGGCAGAUUGUGGCCCUACUGAAGGAACACAACAUCCAGUUCAGCAGCUUCGACAUCCUGUCCGACGAGGAGGUCCGACAGGGGCUGAAGACGUACUCCAAUUGGCCCACAUACCCUCAGCUGUAUGUGAAUGGCGAGCUGGUGGGAGGACUGGACAUUGUGAAGGAGCUGGCAGAGUCUGGAGAACUGGAGAACACCUGCCCCAAGGCUGUCACUUUGGAGCACCGGCUGAAGACCAUCAUCAACCAGAGCCCAGUUAUGCUGUUCAUGAAGGGCAACAAAGAGGCUGCAAGAUGUGGCUUCAGCAGGCAGAUAUUGGAGAUUUUAAACGGCACCGGGGUGGAUUAUGACACCUUUGAUAUUCUGCAGGAUGAAGAGGUGCGUCAGGGUCUGAAGACUUAUUCUAACUGGCCAACCUAUCCCCAGCUCUAUGUGAAAGGAGAGCUGAUUGGAGGUUUGGACAUAGUCAAGGAGCUGAAGGAGAGUGGAGACCUGGUGUCAGUGCUAAAGGGGGAGUCGUAAAUGUAUUUGCCAUGGCAUCAGAGAGAGGGAACAACAACAACCUACUACACGACACAUGCCCAGAUCAGCCUUCUGUCACUGAUGCAACAUUACAGGAGAGCCAAGAAGUGAAAGAAACAAUUUACGAAAAGAAAUUAGAAUUAAUAAUCAAAUUACUCUCUUAUAACCAAACUAUUGUUGCAUUUGGAUAGGUCCAUGUUGUGUUUACGGUCAAAAAUGAAACUGCAGUUAACGAGAAUUGUCUUGGUUUUCAUUCUGAAUUUUCCAUCAUAAAGUGUUACUGGAAAGUUUUGCUUUGGGUAAUUCUUGAAAAUAUAUCUUCAGAAAUGUUUAAUGUGAAAGUAAAACCCCCCUUCUUAAUUUUAUAAAUCCCUGCAGUUUGGUUAAAAAACCUCCUCCAUGCUUUGUGUUCGGUUUAAACACCUCCAUGCUUUCUGACAGUGGGGAAAUACCAUUAAAUAGCUGACUUGGGAUCAUAUUGUCUGGGGGGCACAUUUCUGGUUUAGUCCAAGUUGGCCUGGUACUAAGCAUUCUUUUCACACUUUAUUGCUUACUCUUCAUGCCGUCCUGUUCAGCUCGUGUCCAAACAUUCUUCACCUGACAGACAGAAAAAGUGUCUUUUACCAUAUAUAAGAAUCACUAUAGUUUAAAUACUUACAAUGAAUUCUGUGUGGCACUUACUGAUGUGUUUGUUCAUCAUUAACAUUAUGAUUAAACAAUAAAAAAAAUAUCAGAUGUU